GCCCCCCCAUGUCGCAGGCGCCGUGGUACCGUCCUCCUGCGGCUGCGCAGUGGCGGGCCGCGGGGCCGCGCUCGCCCGUAACCCCGCCCUCAGGAAGAGGCCCGUCCCGAGAGGGAAAACAGACCUGGAACUUCCUGGGCUCCGUGUAGGUGUCCGAGGCACCCGCCUGUGUAAAACCAAACCGGGACAAGCUGGAAGAGUCAAGCCGGGUUGGAACAAAUUAAAUUAUUGGACACUAACGGAUGCUUGUAUCUGCGUAAAAAUCUCUGGGAGGUGAAAAUUUUAAAAAAAGCAAGAACCGGGCGAGCUCCAUCAGGCUCUGACGCGGACGGCCACAGGUUCUGGGUUCCAUGGUUGGAAGGUGUCGGGGAGCUCCGGGUUCGAAGGGAGCGCCACGUGGAAUUCCGCGACUCCGGAGGUGCGGAGCCGGUUCCGUGGAGUAUCCAAGGGCUGCGCUGUUUUCCACGAGCUUUGUUGUAGGUAGAGAGAGGAGUGCAGGAGAGGCGAACGGACUAACGCAGUCCCAGCCCCGACCGAGAUCGGUACCGCCCACCUGCUCUGAAGAAGCCCGGCAGAAAGGUGUGGGGAGGCGGGCAGGCGUGGGAACGCGGCGGUGAGAGCUGGCUCGGGGCGAUGUGAGCGCGAUCAGAGGAAAUCACGCGGUCCCAGCCGGGCGUGCGUGGUGCGCACCUGUCAUCCCAACCCUUGGGAGGUGAAGACUGGAGGACCAGAAGGUCAAAGUCAUCCUCGACUAGGAAACCAGUUCGAAGCCAGUCUGGGCUACUUGAGACCUUGUCUCAGAUGACAAGUUCAAGAAGAGUGAAUGUGAUGUAUUGAAGAGUUCCUGAGAGUGGGAGAGGUUCCAUGUGAGAAAUACCCACCUGGAGGUUCCUUUUAUCUCUUUACUAAGUGAAGAGGAUGGGUGAUGCUGGUCCCAGAAUGGAAGUGUGUCCUUAUUGUAAGAAGCCAUUUAAGCGAUUAAAAACCCACUUGCCACACUGUAAGAUGAUAUCUGCUGAUCAAAAAGUGUAUCAGUCCAAGCCAGCUACACUUUCACGUGCUACAAAAGAGAAGAGGCCUACCAAAGACCUAACCAAAGCUAAAAGGAAAGGGCUAGAGACAGAGAGUGCGAAAGGAAAUGUGAAAUCAGAAAAGGGCAGAUCAGCAUGGACAGCUGCCACCUUUCCCCUGCCGACAGAUGUCUUGGAAAGAGCGGGUACGGCAGAGGCAGGAGGAGAAGCCAGAGAUCAAAAUCAGCCCUCCUUCCAGGCACUCAAACAUGCCACGCCAAAGGUGACUGAGAAAGAACUUGCCAGAGAUGUGACUGGAUCCAAGGGAAGUCCAUGUCAUCCCUCAGAGACCGAAGCGUCUGUACGGGUGGGCUCAAUGGCACCAGUUUUAUCUAAUCAAGAUAGAACAUACUCCUCAGCUCAGCCUCAUGCUAAACCAGCCACUUCUGCCAGUCUGAAAUUGGACACACUCGAUCCCCAAAGACAGAAGCUUCAGACAAAAUUCUUAGAUGUGCCUGUUAGUGAUUGUCAUUCUCCAAAGAAUGGCAGCCAUGGGGUUCAGAGAGGAGGAUCCUCAGUGUUGAGCAGGGGAAGCAGUUCCCGAGACGGAGGCCACCUCUCAGGAGUCUCUCCCAACCCUGCCAAUGCUGAGACUCAGCAGAAGUCAGAAUCACUCCUCUUGGGCCUUCAUCCCGCUCCACUGGCUAAAACACAAGUCAGAGAGCACCAGGAACUUGGCCUCGGAGCAGAAGUGUGCCGUAGCAAGGGAGAUACUGAGAACAGCAUGUCUGCCACAGAAGUACAGGAACAGGCUUACUUAGGCCUUGGUGGUCAGGACUCCAUUUCCCCCACAAAGGCAAAAGCAGAGACAGCCCUUGCACUUUUGGACAUAUUUACUCCACCAGAGGGAACUUCGAAUAAGCUUCUCUCUAUACCAGAAUCAGGGCACCAGUGCCUCGCCUCUCUGGCUGUGAAGUCUCCUCCAGAAGACAAAACCCAAUUCUAUGGCCAGAGUCAAGUCCCUGCCAUACCGCUAUUAGUGGGAAGCAAGAGGGACGUUCUGGAACCCACGUCUUUCCGCCAACCCCAUGCAGCCCAGACAGGGUACCACAUACCAUCGUAUUCAGCUCCGUACCCUGUUUCUAGAAGCUCCCUCAUCAGUCAUGUUGCUGCUGCUGACUCAGAGGUUCCUCCCCGGUCCGUGGGACUGGAGUGGUUUCCAGAACUCUAUCCUGGUUACGUUGGUCUAGGAGUAUUGCCAAGGGGGUCUCAGCAUUGGAACUCAGUGUCUCACAUGCCUCCUCCUACCACUUCCCAGGGUGCGAGUAUCUCAAAAGUUCCUUGGUUGGGACGAAGUUCGGCUGAUAGCGGGAGUUCGGAACCCCUGGCGCUUACAACCUCCAGCUUCCCUCUAACGAGGCUCUUGGGAGCUGUGCACACAGGCUGGGUGAGGUGCAGUACCACCAUCAAGAAGAGCAGUGUCGGGGGCCUCACAAUGCUCUUCGCUGGCUACUUCAUCCUGUGUUGUAGUUGGAGCUUCAAGCAAAUGAGUAAGCCGUCAGCAUCGGUAGCUUAAGUGACUCGUCACCUCCCUUGGGGCUCUGGUGGGAGUAUCCAGGAGCCCUGAUGAGCGAGCUGUCCCCGGGGCUCUGGGGCUCCAUUAAAGGUCUCCAGGAUUUGACUUACA